CUAUUUCUUUAUUUUCUGAUUCCUCCUAAAUUCCCCUUGAACCUGUCAAAUAUUCCACUAACGAAAAAUGUUCAAAAAGAUACCCGUUCGGCAGUGGAGCAGUUCAAAUUUUAAGUACUGUUCAAGACACUGUCAAAGCUGGAGAAUCGCACCUUAUAAGAGAUCUUUCCAUUCAUCGCUCAUUCGACGGCACGAACAGCAGCACCAGCAGCAGCAAAAGUCUUUAUUCAAUCGGUUGGCUGAUAGCUGGAAUAAUACAGAGGUCAAAUGGUAUCCAAUUCCAGUCGCAUUAGGGUUGACUGUCAUUGGAGUCAUCCAAUAUAGAAGAGUGAUUAAAAGAGAACAGGAAAAGGAAGAACAACUACGACAGCAAAGUGCUGAUUCGCACGUUAAGAGGCCGAAAAAAUAUAAAGCAACUGGUCCAUGGCAGGUUCAUGUGGCAGCUGCUUUACCUUUGAGAACCAUGAGCCGACUCUGGGGAGCAUUCAAUUCCCUUACUAUCCCCACACCUUUACGUCCCAUGGGAUAUAAAUUCUACAGUUGGAUUUUUGGCUGCAAUUUAGAAGAAAUGAAAAACCCAGACCUUUACUCAUAUCCUAAUCUAUCUGCUUUUUUCUACCGUGAAUUGAAAGAUGGAGCACGACCCAUUGCUCAAGAUGCGCCACUUGUAUCUCCAUCAGACGGCAAAGUGCUUCAUUUUGGCCUAGUGCAAGGACAGGAUAUUGAACAAAUCAAAGGCGUCACGUACAGACUUGACGCUCUUUUAGGCAACGAUGAAAAAUCUUCGAGGCCUCCAGAGGAUGCUAUUUUGGGCUCUGCAACUGCCACUAUUGUAGAUGAAGAAGACUUUGCCAACGUGAAUGGUAUUGACUAUUCCUUGGAUGAUAUGAUGAACAAGGGUCAUUCGGUAAAGACUGAGUCAGCUGUCGGACCUGAUGGUUUGGCGAGAACAGAAAAAACUGAUCCUAAGGAUGAGCGUGCACUUGUCACAUUAGCUGACGUGACACCAGAUGAAGAUACGACGCAUAUCCCUUCUCUUAAACCAGGAAAUGCUCUUUACUUCUGUGUGGUCUAUCUAGCCCCAGGUGAUUAUCAUCGUUUCCAUUCUCCUACAAACUGGGUGGUGCAAACUCGCCGUCAUUUUGCUGGUGAAUUGUUCUCUGUUUCGCCGUAUUUUGUGAAACUUUUGCAGAAUCUAUUUGUGUUGAACGAACGUGUUGCUCUGCUGGGUAAAUGGAAGUAUGGGUUCUUUUCUAUGAUACCUGUUGGGGCGACGAAUGUGGGGUCGAUCCGUAUCAAUUUUGAUGAAGCCCUUAAGACGAAUCAAAAAGAAGAUAUACCUUUGGGCACUUAUACAGAAGUUACAUACAAGUCAGCAAGUAAAAUAUUGGGUGGUAAGGCAUUACGAUUUGGCGAUGAAAUGGGUGGAUUUUAUCUUGGAUCCACGGUAGUGUUGGUGUUCGAAGCACCUCAGAACUUCAAGUUCAACGUGACGGCAGGACAAAAGGUGAAGAUGGGUGAAGCUUUGGGUUAUUUUGAAGAUGAAGAACAAAAAGUUUGAGAUGAAUAAAUGAGAUGAAAAAGAAAAUUGUAACUCAUAUGAGGAAUGCUUUUUACGCCGUGCUUGUCGGUUGGCCUUCGUGUUGUCUUUUUAAGAAUGAAAAGGAAAGGGAUCUGCAUACAAAGCUAAAUAAAGCAUGUGUGGAUAAGGGGGG